GUUUAACGGUGCUCAGACUCUCUCUACAUCCUACGCAGUUUCGUUAUGGCAGUCAAAAAUAGAUACAGUGAAGGUAUUUCUACCGUUAGUUCACCGAACUGCCUCAGAGGGAAGGGUGUGUUCGAACAGGAAGGAGAAAUAAUCUAGUUAUUUUGUCUUUAAUGGGGCGGGGCUAAUCCCCCGCGCACUCCUAUUCUCACGCAUUCACAUAACUUUACUGUGGAGACAACGCACGGUGCUCCUCAAAGCGCUGUGCUGAACCCUCAGAGAAGAAGCUAGCCACCCCUCCCGGUGAAAGGAAAUGAAGAGGAGGCUACACAAGAAAUACUUGAUUUUGAUACUGGCAUAUUCUGGUUUACUUCUGCUAAUCCCGUACGUACUAGAUUACCGGGAUAAAUCCGUCCUACACGCGAAGCAUGGACUGCCGCAGCAACAGUCCAGAUGCCCAGAUUUGGAGAACACGGUGGCGCUGCUGUGGGAUAGCAGUUAUAAAGUCAACGGCAGCGACACGAUGGAGUACGCCGUCAACCGGAGCCAGUCACGGAUACACAUCUACUUACAUGCCACCUGGAGGACCGGAUCCUCGUUUUUGGGGGAGUUGUUCAACCAGCACCCUGAUGUUUUCUACUUGUACGAGCCGAUGUGGCACAUAUGGCAGGCUCUGUACCCGGGGGAUGCGGGCAGUCUCCAGGGCGCAGUGCGGGACAUGAUGAACGCCCUGUACCGCUGCGAUUUCUCCGUCCUCAAACUUUACGCCGGCACGCAAAACAUCACCACCUCGUUCAUAUUCGGCUGGAAAAUGAACAAGGUGAUAUGCUCGGAGCCGCUGUGUGAUGCGCACAAGCGACACGAAAUCGGGCUGGUCAGGGAGGACCAGUGCGCCAGGUGCCAAAAGAGGGACAUUAGGGAGCUAGAGAGGGAGUGCAAAAAGUACCCCGUGAUGGUGAUCAAAGGAGUCCGCGUUUUGGACCUGAGCACGUUAGUUCCUUUGAUGAAAGACCCGGCGAUCAACCUCCAGAUCAUUCAGCUCUUCAGAGAUCCGAGGGCCGUGCACAACUCGCGCUUGAAGUCCAAGCAGGCCCUGGUGAAGGAGAGCAUCCAGGUGCUGAGGAGUAAGAAGCAGACGGACAAGUACAAGCGGCUGCUGGUGCCGAGCAACAGGGUGAACCGGGCUGAGAGCUAUGUCUCCAGCGCCAUGGAGCUCAUCUGUGACAACUGGCUCAGUGACAUGAUGCUGGUGAUGAACGCUCCCCCGUGGGUGAGGAGGAACUACCACCGCAUCCGCUACGAGGACCUGGUCCUGCACCCUAUGGAGGAGCUCCAGAGGCUGUACCGUUUCUCCAACCUCUCCGCCGUCCCCGCUCUGGAGAAGUUUGCCCUGAACAUGACGCACGGUCAGGGGUACUCCUCAGACAAGCCCUUCCUGAUAUCAUCCAGGGAUGCAAAGGAGGCUAUAUAUGCGUGGAGGGAGCGGCUCAAUGUGGAGCAGAUAAAUCAGGUGGAGGCCUACUGCAGCGAAGUCAUGAGGCAGCUGGGGUAUCAGAAAAACAGCUUGGACAAAGCAACAUGAGGAUGUGGCCGGAGGAAUCGAUGGGUUAAAGGGGCCUGGUAUUCAGGGCUGAGGGCAAAAGGUGGAACAACAUAACAAGCAGCUGGAAUGUGGUCCACUGGGAGCUCGCAAGCCCGACUCUUGAGUUGUUUUCCUUCAGUUGAGCCGGGUCGAUGAACUGGAGAAAAUCCAAGUGGAAGAGAGCAGCCAAUCACAAACAGAUGAAUUAGGAACAGGAAGAAGGCAGCUUAUUUUUACACUGUUACCUGGAUAACAGCAGCAGGGUCUGGGCAGAUAUAGAAGGAAUGUGAGGGGACAUAAACUAGAAGAGAGAGAUGGGGCUGGUUUGUGCUGCCGUUACACUGGCUGGCCUCUGUCCUUUCAGUAGCACUAAUCCCUCCUCAAAUCCCCUGCAAGCGAGGGCCAUAAAAAGCCCAAGAUGGGUUCCUCUCCAGAGAUGACGGCCAGGAUCCAGGGUGGCAGCGUCAGGUUCAGCCUCACCUCACUAUGACUUAUCCGUCCAGCCUAUGACUAAGCGUGGCAGUAAUCUUGCGUAUUACCGAUACUUAACUUCAGUUGGCUCACUAACAGUGCUAAUGUAGAGCUUUGAAAGAAGAAACUACAGUAUUUUGUGGAAGGGAGGCCUCACUGAGGAACUGUUGUUCCACCCCCGGCCCCUCAGGAAUCCAGACAGCUGCAGCGCCCCACUGACAAAACACUCACAUGGGUGUGAAAUUUUCAAAUAUCCCAAGGAUGUGUCUUGGAGAUCUGCCUCUGUCUUCUGCCAAUGAACUUUUUAGCAAGUUGUCACAAACACAACAGACGGUACUGAUUCAUACUGUGUACCAUUCUUAUUGUUUCUAGUUUUUGUCUGUUGUAAUAAUAUUGUAAAUGCUGCGAUAUCCCUCUGGUCAAGGAUUCGGUAGGGAGGGCUAAAAUACUUACCAGCAUUCUCGUGUUCAACUUUAGAAGUUGGUUCUGUAAUAAUUGUUCUGGUCAGAAUACCUGAAGUUCUCUUGUCAAAGAAAGAAAUAACUUUUAGACUUUAGACUUUUAUUUAAACUGACUGUAAUAAAGAGUAAAAACUAGAAGAGUG